UAUAUAUUAUACGUCUAUGCUCUUGCCACACUUAUUGAUAACGGAGGCUUGUUGAUAACGUUUUAAACAUCGUAUAAAUAUCAGGCGUUACGGCGUUUGAAUUUUUAGUGCUUCUUCAAAUUGUGGUAUGCGAAUACGCGAGGCGUCGCGAUGGAAUAUUUGAGCUUCGACGCUUCGAGCAAGUCGCUCGCUUUGAAGAAGCGAGCGACUCUUCCCAAGCCAGCGGCGAACGAGGUUCGAGUCAAAAUCGCGUAUUCCGGAAUUUGUGGAACGGAUCUUCAUAUUUUGGAAGGAGCCUUUCCCUGCAAGGAGAACGGACCUCUGACUCUUGGCCACGAAUUCGUAGGUACGAUCGACGAGCUCGGGUCGGAGGUGACCAUUUUCAAAGUCGGUCAACGCGUCGCCGUCGAUCCCAAUAGCGGAUGCAACAAGUGCGAUCAUUGCCACAAUGCGAAUUAUCACUUCUGCAAGCUCGGCGGCUUAAACGAUACUUUGGGAAUUUUCCGGGACGGGGGAUGGGCCACGCACGCGCUCGUUCCAGAAACGCAGGUAUUCUUGAUUCCGGAUGAGAUUGAGAUGCGCGAAGCUGUACUGAGCGAACCGUUGUCGUGUCUGGUCCACGGCUGGGACAAGCUCAAUCCUGUAAAUAUAGGAAGCAAGGUUCUCGUAAUCGGCGCCGGUAUCAUAGGUUUGUUGUGGGCCUGUGUGCUCCAUUUGCACGGACUCAGAAGAACCGUCACCGUCAGCGAACCGAACGAAAAACGAAGAGAACUCGCUUCCAAGCUUGAUCUGGAUUACCAGGUGAAACAUCCGUCGAAAGUCAAGGAGGAAUUUAAUUUAGCUGUGGAUUGCAGCGGUUCCGCCGCCGCCAUGGAAGCGGCCGUGUCUUUGCUAAGUCAAGGUGGUCGUUUGUGCGUGUUCGGUGUCGCUAGUCCGAAAGCGAAGCUAACGAUCGAACCGUUUCAGAUUUAUAAGAAGGAACUGACCAUUGUGGGCGUGAACAUAAACCCGUACACGUUUCCCAAAGGUCUAGCUCUGCUGCAGUCAAUGUCUGGGAAGUAUCUUGACUACGGCAAAUUGGGAAUCAAGGUGUUUUCGUUGUCCGAAUAUAAAGACGCUCUUGACGCUCUGAAGAAGGGAGACAUAAGCAAAGCUGUUUUCAAAUUAUAAAUAGAGAUUUCUUCACGUGUAUUAAUACACACGGAAAAAAAAUUGACUCUUUUUCUUUUUCAUUACUUUAUUAUAUCUAUGUUGUAUACAGAUAUUUAAUUGGGUAUGUAAAAAUGCUCAGGGGAUUUACAAUAAAAGUUAUAUACUAAACUCCGCA